AGUCUGCCGACAGUGGCACGGGUCAAGAAUUACACCCGGGACCGGCGAAGAAAUCUCGCCGUGAUACCGAGGUAACGCUGACGUUACCCCGCGGCGCAUUAUGACGGCUGCGCCUAUACUGGACGUCGCUGACCGACUCCGUCUGUCUACAUGUCAGAUUACGGCGACAGUGGCUGCCGUUUUAAAAUCAGCGCAGCCCCCUGCCAACCUCGGCGACUUCAAUUUGUCAAUGGCAACGUCACGGCGCCAGCGGCGGCUGCAUCGCCGGCACCAGGCAGCGGGAGCCCUCCGAGCUUCAUUCACUCUGCCGCAACACGCUGUCGUCCAUUGGGACGGCAAGAUGAUCAAGGAUUCACUGGGCACCAGCGAACAUCGUUUGGCCAUCCUCGUCUCCGGUGGGCCCGACCACACGGGCGGGAAGCUGCUGGCGGUGCCGACCAUUGCCGAUGGCACCGGGCUCGCUCAGGCCGAGGCGACUGCCACAGCUCUGGACGACUGGGGCGUCAGCGACAACGUCGUCGGCCUGUGUUACGACACCACCUCAAGCAACACCGGCCGGCUUAAGGGCGCAGUGGUGAAGCUGGAGGCGAUGCUGGAAAAAAGCUGCUUCGGCUCGAAUGUCGUCACCACGUGCUCGAGCUCGUGCUGGGAGCCGUCUCUACUGCGCUGUUUGGCCCCACCAGGCGGGCCCGUGGACACCAAGUUUCAAGACUUGAAACGCAGAUGGCCGCAGCUGGAUACGAGUGAAAUGAGGUUCCUUUUCAUCGAAGACUCGUGGCUGCAGGAACUACGGGAUGCCAUUAUAGAGCAGCUGCAGGCGAUGCUGGCGCGCCCCGGCAAGGACCACGUCUUGAGAGAGGACUACAGGGAGCUGGCGCAGCUCGUGCUGCUGAGUGCUGGUGCUUGAUGUGGGACCGUCCCGACCACGGUUUCGCCGCCCCGGCGCGUGUCACCACGCCCGCUGGAUGGCAAAGGUGUUGUACUACAUCAAGAUGUACCUGUUCGCUGGACAGCUCGGCUACGACGCGCGCGAGCAGGAGCGGCUGCGCCGGAUGGUGACCUUCAUUGCCCUCAUCUACGCGCGGGCGUGGCUGACGGCUCCACUGGCCGCUGACGCGCCCGUGCGUGACCUGCAGCUCUGCCGGGACCUGCAGAGGUUGCGGGACGUGAACCAGCCGACGGCUGAUCAGCCGCGCUGCCGCGGUGCUACGACGCCACACAGCCUACCUCCAGCCGCAGACGGUGGUGCUGAGCCUGCAGCGUCAGACGCCGUCGGCGAGGGCGAGCGCCAGGCCCUGGCAGAGGCUCUGCUCUCCCAGCCGGAGAGCGCCGACCCAGAGGACGCCGCGCUGUGUCUUAGAGACACACCGACCUCGUAACCGACGCCAGCUGGCAUCUGUUCCACCUUCUGAAGCUGGACCCACGAUCCUGGCUGUGACAGCCAGCAUGUGCAUGGGAGGACGACAGCGGCUACACGAGGUUCAAAACAUUCGUGCGUGAGCUAAAUGUGACGAACGAUGUCGCCGAGAGAGGUGUUACUGUUGCUAUGAUAGAGAGCUUCGCCAACACGGUCACCCACGACGAAGACCAGCUUCAGUGGCUUCUCCAAGCUGUAGAGGACCACCGGAAGCGCCUGCCUUCCUUCAAAAAGAGCGCCCUCGACAGCCUGUGAAGUGGCCGUGGCCGCCUCCACACCCUCCCCACCGCUCUACCCUGCUGCGUGAAAAUCAGCCUCGUCACGAUGUCAAUAAA